AUGAACACAAGCAGCAGCUCGGAAACGCUGCCACAGGAUUCCAACUCUGAGCGAUUGGAACAAAAUCCAACAAAGAAAUCGUUUUGGUCUCGCGGUGGAGGCGGGAGCGGGGAAGUAGGCUUCAACGUUGUUGCAUCGUCAUCGCCAAAGGGAAACACUUCCAAUGUGCGCCGAAGAGAGAAAGAGAGGAGACGCACGCUGCACGUGCAGGAUAUCUCGCAAUCUUUCACGGAGCUGUCGACUAGCCAGUCUCCACGCAAGAUCAGCUGUGACGAUCCUCCCACCACCGUCAAACAUGCAUACGAGCCUUUCGGUACCACGAGCGUGAAGCCCUCACCUCAAAAAGAUGACGCCGCACUCUUGUCAAUCUCCGUGCGCCCACCUGCGGAUUCGGGUCAUGUUAUAUGCGUGGGGGACAAGCCUACCAGUUACCAAUACGGAGUUUUCGAGGAUCCCACUUUCCCGCCAGACAAAACGUCCUUGACCUACGUCUACAGCGGGGACGAUAGGUAUGAGAGGAUGACCUUCCAAAAACCCUCAGUUUUGACGUCCUCUCCCAGAUUCGUCGGUGUCGGCGGGGUUUGUGAUGUGAGGUUACCAUGGCAACUGUGGAGUAAAGACUACUGGAUCCAGUACGCCCUGGCAAUCGUGUCUUUGAACAGUCAGUACAUGGAAAAAGCCGUCCCAGGCUACACCAAGCUGGGCCAGACGUUUGGAGGAAGCGGAAACAGGGGCUUGUUCCAGUUCAAUAUCUGGCAGUACGGAAAAUGGAUGGCCAUCCUUGUCGACGACUACCUGCCCGUGUUGGACGGUCACUGGGCUUUCUGUCCCCCUCUUGGAUGGCCUGGAGAGUUCUGGGGACCACUGAUAGAAAAGGCAUAUGCAAAGUGCCACAAAGCUUAUGAAGUGAUAGAAUCGGGAGACCCUUUAGAUGCCUUAACAGAUUUAACCGGCGCUAUAUGUGAACACUUCAUGACGUCAGAACCGCCGGAAGUACUCUUCAAUAUCCUCCUGACGUCACAUGAACACAAGUCCGUGACUUCAUGUUACAGGAAGUCUGAAACGCAGUCAGACAAAUCCAGCAACAAUAAGAAUAGCCAGUAUUUAUACUUGGUCUGUGGUGUGACAUCGGGCACAGACGCUGAGGGUAAGAAACAGGCCGCAAUACAACUCUUCUGUCCCUACCUGUCAGAAAUAGACCAAAUGGCGGGGCUGACUAUAACGCGCGUUCAAGCACCGCCCAAAAAGACUUCCAAUUUUGGAUUUUGGGUAACAUUUGAGGAAUUUUUGGAAAAAUUUGCCGCCGUAAUUAUUUGCAGUAGCCAGAAUCCUUUUGACAUCUCAAAAGAGCACAUCAAUUACUCAAAGAUCAGAACCUAUAGCAACGGGCCUCGUUCCCAAGCAUGUAAGUGGUUGGAUGGCCUUGACGGCCUUGACGACGAAAGCGAGGUCGGAGUCACGCAUACGGUGCUACAAGAGAAUGCUGGUAAUGCCAUCAGAAGUGGCGUCACUCAACAGUUGAGCUCCAUGUCUCCUAAAAACAGCAUUCCAUUGACGACGUGUAAGAAAACUAUUGGCUCGAAGAAUUUGAAGGCAAUAGUACCGUCGCCAUUUUUGUCAGACCGUGAUAUUGAAUCUGCAUUUGAUGCAGCUGGGAACAAAAGUGGCUGUAAAACUAAGAUAGAGGUUGGCACUAAAAAUAAAGCCGACGGUGACGGUAAAAGUCGUACUGUGCGUAAUUUUCCGGUUUUGGUUCAAGAGUCCAGUAAUAAACAUUCACCAAGUGGUGACAAGGAAAGCCAACGUCUUCGACGCAAAGAAAAAUCAAAAACUUUCACAGCACCAUGCGAGACACGGAUCCAAAUUAAAGAGGAGCGGAGACAUUCUUAUCAUGUUUACUAUCAUGGUGGCGGCGGUGGGACUAACGACUGCAGCGGUGGAGAGUUGAUCCCCAAAGGUGAAAGAAAGGUGGAAAAUGGCACCAACAUUACCAACAGCAACAAUAACAGUAAAGUGACGCGCUAUCUGCGAGAGCCUUCAAUACUGCAAAGCCGGAAUGGUCUACGCCGAAACUCAGUCACGCCCAGCUCUAGUGAAGAUUCGGACUUCUCACUAAACGGAAGCAUCAAAAGUAUUACGGACCUCACUUUGCGCAUCGACGUGAGCAAGACGAUCGAGUCUCACAAAGAAGAAGUAAAGACCCUUCCCCGCGUGCACAGCGCUUCGGACGCUAUGGCCUUAAUGGGAGCAAGGACCAGCACAAGCAUAAUUGAUAUGUUUACUACAAGUCAGGGCACUGCAGAAGAAAAAUGCUGGAAAGUAGUUCUAACUCAGACAGUGUUGUUAGGAAGCUCGGAAUACGGCCCAGCAGGCCUCCAGAACGAUCUCCCCAGGGUGCGAUUCAGCGUGGGUGGAAAAGAGAAAAGCGGGAGCUUUUUAAACCGUCAGCGGAGUCACCAUAUCCUCUCUGUCAUGCAGAUACAGACGAGGACAUCCCGCUAUGCCAUGCCGGUGUCUAUGGGAAUAGUGGUCUAUAGGGUAAAGCACAUUGAGAAAGACGGCAAGCGAGAUCUCUCGAAGUUACAGCUCGUUCAUCAAGUCGAGGCCAAGCACAAGUCACGUGAGCUGAUCACGAGGACAGAGCUGGAUCCGGGGAGUUAUUUUCUGGUUCCUUUCCCAGUGGAGCAAGCUUACAGUGGAAAUGUUUUGAUACGGAUUUUGGGAGAUUGAAAGAACAUAAUUUAGAUUGAAGGAAAUAGAAUUUAGAAUGCUAUGGUUAUAACUGAUGUUGUUUUCAUGGAUAUGGUUGAGGAAAUUAAGGUUUUAAGGAACGAUGUGAUUAAUUCGUCCAGGAAUGGAAACCAAACAAGCGUUAUUUUGCGAGACUGAGCGAGGACGCAUUAACAUGUCUGUGAAUCUGGACUUUUUUUUCUUAGGACAGAAAUGUGUUGCGACAGUGACAAUCUCAACAGUUAUCGGAGAUUGAACAAAAAGCCGCGACUUCGAAUUCCAUAGUUUACCAUUUACCUCGCGUCCAGACUUAUCCACGUAGAACAAAGUGAAUGACAUUUGCGAAAAAGUUGAAUAGGGCUUGUAGAAUGUUUUCGUUAGAUUUACCAUUGAGGAAUUAGGAAAGGUGCCAUUUAAAGUAUGAUUUAUACACCUGGCUAAGUCACUGUACGAUUAAUGAUACGAUUUUAAAAGCUGUGAAAGUUGCACAGUUAAGCACGAUUUUUUUUUCUGUGAGCAGAUAUACGAGUACCUGUAAGUAAUAAUAAUGCAGGUACUGGUAUCACAUGAUAUAUGUAUUGUGAUUAUCCUUAUAACAUUCCACACAUUGUAACGUCUGAGGUUUACUCAAGCCUUUAGUUCGGUUUGACUUUGUGAUAUGAUCAUAUUUAUCUCAUUUUGUUGUUCAUAAAAGUGUAAAUGUAUAUGAAAAGGUGCUCCCCAACACUCCCAACGUACGCUCGUUGUUGAACGAUUUAUAAGCAAUAUAGGCAAACGAAGCCUUUCCAGUAAGCGUUUUAACAUCAUACAUAGGAUAGGUGCAGACAGUUUCCGUCAUUUUCCGUGAAUUCCCGACAGUUUUCGUCAAAAUUUGGUCGGCCUAUUUCGACCCGAGUUAAAUGACUGAAAGGUCACUUGUGUGAAUAUCUUGCGCCUGUUUUAUAAAACCUGAGAGCUAGAUAAUGCUGUAGAACUAUGGUUAAUUGCUUAUUUUUGGCAGAAUACUGGAACACAGGAUUGAGAUGGGUCUUAUAUACCCCGCCUUGUAAUACAGACCGAUUUUUGACUUGAGUAAAAUAAGGUCCAGAGAUGCUUUUCAAUCGGGUUGUUUCCAUCCACUUUGUACUAUACUUCAAUAUUAUUUUAUUAACGUUUGUCGUAUGUAUAUGCCUUAUUAAUCACCCCUGGUAAAACACUGGUGCCCUCGAAUACAACAUGGUGCGUCUUUAACUUAAACUUUUUAAAGUUUCAAUUUUUUACUGAUCGUAACUUAUUUUAAUCAGAUUUUAGAGUGAUUUUAUUUUUAUUCGUGAUCUUAUGUCCUGCACUUUUUAUUUUGUUUCGUCCUUUAAGUGUUAAUAAAAUUAAUGUAACAAAUAGACAUAACUGAUGAAAAGAGUACCCGAUGAAACUAACGAGUGUGUAUUUUACAUGUAGGGCCCAGCAAUCUAAAAAUGUGUCUUGUUUGAAGUGAAGUGCCUAGGACCCAUUACAUAGGGUAAUCAAAGAUAUCGUGUUGAAUGUUAACAAUCUAUAUUUAUAUAGUUCAUACAAACAU